AUGGUGAGCGUGUCUCAGUCUCAGCCUCAGCCUCAGCCUCGCACACAACAACUGAAGAAGAAAAUGGUUGACAUUGACAAUGAUUCCCUCUCGGAUUUCCUUGCAUCUGCGGUCGACGCGGCUCAGAAAGCUGGCGAGAUUAUUCGAAAAGGGUUCUACCAGACCAAACACGUGGAACACAAAGGACAGGUUGAUUUGGUCACAGAAACUGAUAAAGCUUGUGAAGAACUCAUAUUUAAUCAUCUCAAACAGCUUUAUCCCACUCACAAGCUCAUUGGGGAAGAAACCACCGCGGCCUGUGGCACUGCAGAACUUACAGAUGAACCCACAUGGAUAGUUGAUCCCCUGGAUGGAACUACUAACUUUGUGCAUGGGUUCCCCUUUGUUUGUGUCUCCAUUGGUCUCACAAUUGGAAAAACUCCUACAAUUGGUGUUGUAUACAAUCCAAUCAUUAAUGAGCUGUUUACUGGAAUCCGUGGAAAAGGUGCCUUUUUGAAUGGGAAUCCUAUAAAAGUAUCGUCAGAAACUGAACUGAUGAGCUCUCUUCUUGCGACUGAGGUUGGAACAAAACGUGACAAAGAAACAGUAGAUGAAUCUACCAAUAGGAUUAAAAGCUUGCUUUUCAAGGUGAGGUCUCUUCGAAUGAGUGGCUCCUGCGCUCUGAAUCUUUGUGGAAUUGCGUGUGGAAGGCUGGACAUAUUAUUUGAACUUGGCUUUGGUGGUCCUUGGGAUGUAGCAGGUGGUGCUGUCAUCGUUAGAGAAGCUGGAGGUGUUGUGUUUGAUCCGUCUGGUGCAGACUUUGACAUAACAUCUCAGCGAGUAGCAGCUUCAAAUCCUUUCUUAAAGGAUGCACUUGUUGAUGCUCUGCGCCAAAUGGUGUGA